GGCCUGCACAGUGCAAGGGAAAUUGAAGCACCGCUGCCUGCACAAAAUUAGCACGACCCGGCGCGCUAUAAAAGUAAUGAACAACAAUUUUCGGUCACUGCCAACAAAGUGCAGUGACUGGUGAAGGUAUAUCGAAGCCACAUCGAUCCACGAUCGAUCGCGAAUAAGACGAAGACGGCAGAGAGCAUCGUCGACAUCGGGCCGCAAGGUGCAGAAGCAAAUUAACAGAAUGAGCAGUCAACAGCGGACGGUGAUUAUUUUCAAAUCGGAAUCGGAAAGCACUGAUCUAUAUGCGGAGACCCUGCUGGGUCACAACUUUCGGCCGCUGUUCGUGCCGACCCUCAGUUUCGGUUACAAGAAUCUCGUCGAGCUGCGCGCCAAACUCCAAACGCCGGACAAAUAUGCGGGCAUCAUCUUCACCAGUCCCCGCUGUGUGGAGGCUGUUUGCGAGGCGCUGCAACUGCAGCCGCUGCCCGGUGGUUGGAAACUAUUGCAUAACUAUGCCGUUGGCGAGGUUACGCACAAUCUGGCGCUGAGUUCGCUGCAACAGCUCUUCACGCACGGCAAGCAGACGGGGAAUGCGCGCAAUUUGGCGGAAUACAUUGUGGACACAUUCGAUGGAUCGCGGGACUUGCCUCUGCUGCUGCCGUGCGGCAAUUUGGCGACAGACACGCUGCUCUCCAAGCUGGUGGAGAACGGCUUCUGUGUGGAUGCUUGCGAGGUUUAUGAGACAAAGUGCAGUCCACAGCUGGCAGAGUGCAUGGAACGGGCCCUCAAGGCGGAGAACAUUGAGUUCCUGGCCUUCUUCUCACCCUCGGGCGUUAAUUGUGCCAAUGAGUACUUCAAGGCGCAUAACAUUUCGCUGGACAAUUGGAAGCUGGUGGCCAUUGGACCGAGCACAAGGCGAGCACUCGAAUCGCAGGGCUUGAAAGUGUUCUGCACCGCCGAGCGUCCCACGGUGGAGCAUUUGGUUAAAGUGCUGCUCAAUCCGCAGGAGAGUCGGGAGCGUUUGCUGAGAGACCGCGCAGCAGCCACUGCCGACACAGCCUAAUUUAAUUGUUAAUUGUUUUGUUUAGGAAUUUAUAUUAUAUUCAAGUUUAUUCAUUCUCUCCCGCUCUC